UCUCCUCAGUUUGUCGGUCAGCUUGGCGAUACCAAUUCCAAAUAGUUUGUGCUUUAUCUCGUUCUGCUGACAGCGACUGUGUUGUAUUGUUAACUGAUAACAGCAUGUACGCAUUCAUCGUUUUUAAGUGGUUCAACUAAGUGUAUUGACGUUCCAGUUAACUUGGUUCCACCAUAAAUCGUUUAGUCAUACAUGUAUUGUUGUUCCGUUUUUCUUCAUAACUAUUUAAUAUUUUGUGAUUAGUACGAGGUAUUGAUACGAUGGGUACAGUUGUGGGUAUUUUAUUUCCAGCUUUAGCAUUUUUAAUACUUUUCUCUUAUUCCUCGAGUGCUCCAACUACAACUACAACAGAAAGUCCUGUUGAGGAAGGACCAAGAGCUGUGCCAACGCUAAAACUCCUUGUCGUAUUUACCCGGCAUGGUAGCAGAGGACCCAUAUAUACAUUCCCUACAAGUCCAUACCAAAGAGACGACCUUAAGUACUGGCCAUACGGAGAAGCUCAACUCACGAAUAGAGGACGGGCGCGGUUGUAUAAGCUGGGCAAGAAGGUCCGCUCACUGUAUAAUGGGUUUCUGGACGAACUGUACCAACAAGAGGAUAUCCGAGCCAACAGCACGUUGUAUGUGCGGUCCAUGAUCAGUGCGGAGCACUUUUUGGCGGGACUGUACCCUCCCAAGGGAUACCAGGUAUGGAGCGAUGAGCUGCAGUGGCAGGCAAUUCCGCUGUUCCCCAACUAUGUGGAUCACCACCAGCUGGUUUAUUCUAAGGAGACGAGAUGGUGUCCAAGAUUCCAUGCUGCUAAAAGGAAGUCACUGCUGAGAUUCGUAAAGGAAUACGAGUCCAACUUGACUGAAAUUUUUGAUUAUGUAAAACCAUACACCGAAAUCGAGCGCAUGGAGCCACUGGAUGACAGUAUAUCGAAAUGGGCUGCGAUGUACACCCUGUGGGAGUCCAUGUUCUGUCCGGUAAGUAGUGACCACUUAAAACUGUACACCGACCAUAAUACAGUUGCUACAUUGCCACUGGAUGACAGUAUAUCGAAAUGGGCUGCGAUGUACACCCUGUGGGAGUCCAUGUUCUGUCCGGAUGAAGAAGGCCUUCCUCUACCUGAAUGGACGAAGAAAAUCUAUCCUCAUCCCAUGACCGAGAUGGCUGACAAACUACUCAGGGUGGGGGCCAUUGGGUCUGACACUCAGAUCAAAUACUUGCAAGGCGAAUACUUCCAAGAGGUUGCGAAUUUGAUGAAAGCCAAAGUUAACGGUACCCUGACCCCAGACCGGAAAAUGUUCUACUACGCAGGUCACGACUACACUCUACUGGGCAUGCAAGGCAUUCUGGGCUUGGCGGAUGAGCCCACUGGCCACCUUAACGCCAGGACUGGCUCUUCCUUGAUACUAGAACUCCACAAGGAUCAGGACACCAGUCAGUACUCAGUUAAGGUCGUGUACAUAGACGGUUCUUCUGAAGACUUGGAACCUAUUGACGUCGACAUCCCGGGCUGUGGCUCGCCCUGCGACUUCCAUCUUCUGAUGAGCAAGGCGGAGAAGUACUACGACAUCAAAAACUGGCAGACGGAGUGUCAGAUUAUAGAGGACUGAGUAGAGGCCUUCGGAGUGGAGUGAUAUGACGGCAAGACUUUAAUAAGCGGCCUACACUCGACAUUCGAUCGUCAUUAUCGAACGAUUCGAUACAUUUCCCAACUACGAUAUUAUAUAAUGAUCGUACAACGAGAAUUAUUGUACUUUAAAAACAUAAAUAACAUAUUACAACAAAAUAUGAAAGAAUUUUCACCCGACAGAUGCAUUAAUUUCCCUGCUGCAUAAAACUUUACAAAUAUAGUUUGCUAGACAGUCUGCCGGUAUUCUACUACCGCUCUGCAAGAACUUUCAAUUUCAUGUCCAUAGCCACUUUCCAAUUAUCCAAAAAGUGGUUACUACUCGUUGUUUGUUGUUUACAUUAAAAAUUAUUAUAAUUGAUCAAUAAUUUGAAAUUACAUGAUAAAUUGUAAUAUCUAAUUAUUACUCGAUAAAACAACCGAAUAAUGAGUGUAGGACGCUUAUUAAAGUCUACUCGUAAUGGCAAUCAAAGAUUCAAACAAGAAUAAAGUUCAAGGGAUUUACUAAUACAAUAAUAAUAAUUGUAGUAAGUCUUAGCAUAUUUUCCAAAAUAUAAUCUUGUGGCUUCCUAAAUUACAUUUAUUAUUGUUAUACAAGAGCUUAUUUCUUAGUAAAAUACUGAGUUUUGUAGAUUGAAAUACAAAAAUCGAAUUCGUUAAGUAUAUUUUAAUUCAAUAUCAGUGCUGCCAUUCAUUCUGUCUUUGUACGUAUUAAACACAGACGUUUAUCCUUGGAAAA